CUGCAAUUUCAUAAAUUUAAUAAAAAUUUAUUUCGCAAUUUGGAAGGUAAAGCAAUUAAUCCAUUGAAACCACCUAUAUCAGGAGCAUGUCGAAAAUGUGGAUUUGUUGGUCAUCUCGCUUUCCAAUGCCACAAUUUCUCGCUGGUCGACAAAAAUUUCCUAGAUUUAUCUUCAACCAGCUCGGAAUCCGAAUAUGAAACACCACUUAAAAACCCAGAAAAGAAAUCGGACAAAAAAAGGAAGAAAAAGUCAAAACAUAAGAAAAAACAAAAACAAGAUAAAAAAGUGAAAGAUAAGGAUAGAAAACGAAAAAAACUUUCUGGUUUGAGGAAACAAAAAAAUAAAUAA